AACACACGUCUUCAACGUCACAGUUUUAACCAAAAUUACGUCAUCCUAAUGGUAUCGGAAAACGUGACCAGUGACGUCAUGUACAACUUGACCUACCACGUGAUCCACAACGUCACGGACGACAGCCAGACGACAUUCCCGGAGGACCUGAGUCAGCAGCCGUACCCCUACCCUCUCGAGUUCAAGCCGGUGUGGGAGGUGGCGGUCAAGACGCUGCUCUAUGUCCCCGUCAUCGUCUUCGCCAUCAUCGGAAAUGUCGUCGUUAUACUCGUUGUGGUCAAGAAUAAACGGAUGCAGACAACGACCAACUACUACAUCGUCAAUUUGGCUGUCGCCGACUGUCUUGUAGCGCUGGCGUGUUCCUGGCCACACCUGGUCGACGACCUGACGCCAUUUUGGAUUCUCGGAGCAUUUUUCUGCACGUUGAAUACAUUCUCACAAGUGUUGGCGCUAGUGGCUAGCAUGUUCACCCUGACCUGUAUAGCCUGUGAUCGCUUCUUUGGGAUAGUGUUCGCCAUGAAGGCCCACUUCAUCGAGCGACGGGCCAGCUUCACCAUCAUCCUCAUCUGGCUGCUCUCGGUGGCCGUGGCCUCGCCUCUACUCUACUACAGACGUCUCAGCCAGGAGCACUGGAAAGACGUCACCGAGUCGUGGUGUGAUGACGCGUGGCCGCUCAGCUACUCGGUGGACCCUGAGACCAAUGACGUCAUCUCCCACAGCACCCCCAGGCGGUUCUACUACAUGUUCGUCUGCGUGGCCCUGUUCUUCGUGCCGUGUCUAGCCAUGUCGGUGGCCUACUUGGUCAUCAUCGUCACCCUCUGGUCAGCCCAGGUGCCCGGGGAGAGGAUCAGCAAGGACAUCAAGUCACAGACCAAGAUGAGGAAAAGGAUAAUCCUGAUGCUGGUGGUUAUACUGGCGGUAUUUUUUCUCUGUUGGAGCCCGCUGACCAUCUCACUCAUUUACUCGGAGUUUAUUCAUGGCCGGCAAACUAAAAUGGACGACUGGUACCACCACUUCCAGUACUUCGCCCGAUACCUCGCCCACUUCAACAGCCUCAUCAACCCGGUCAUCUACGCUGGUUUUAACGACAACUUCAAGAAAGGCUUUCAAAAUCUGUGUCGAGGGGGCGAGAGGCGCACGAGGUACAACACCAUGGUAUCACGAGCAGAUUCGUUCCAGAGCUCCACCCACAUCACCAAGGUCUGAUCACACACGACCCCCGGG